CUUAGUGAUAUUCUGGUGGGAAAAGAAUCAAUUCACUCUGUUUCUGGCAGACUUAGGUUCAAGUUCAGGCUUUGACACACUGUGCCCCAGUUUUCUAACCUGUAAUACCCCAUCCUGCUUCCUUCAGAGGACUCCUGCUGUUAGCAGUGAACAGCACCAAGUCCAAUGUCAGGGCCACCACUUCCAGCCUUUGCUCUAACAGAAACGCGCAGGGUAACUUAAGUAAGCUCCUUGAGCUCUCUCUUCCUUACUUUUCCAAUCUGUGAGAGGGCUCGGGCAUGCCUGUUCCACUGGCUUCUUAAGAUGAAGACCACCGAAGGUGUAGGGGUUUGGAUAAACAUCUCGGAUAUAGCUAUCAAGCGUAAACCCAGGUGUGCUGGCAAGUGGACCGGGAAUCUUUCCAGCCACAAACAACCAAAACUUUAGAUGCAGAGAGAAUAUGCUUUUUUGGAUAAAAACGCUUGGCCAGGACGAAUUCUGGCCUGUCUUCCUGGGAAAUUGGACAGCAGGCUGAGAGAGGAUUUCCAAAAUGAGGACAAGCUCUAAAGACCAGCCCAGCGUCCACCUGGCUCUUGCAGGAUCUCGCGGCUCGAGUGGGCUCCCGAACGCCACCUGUUGUCGCGUCCCCGCUACUGCCCAGAAACCACGUGUAAGAAAAUGCUUACAACCUAACUACGUACUUCGGUUUCGACCCAUCCUAACCAAUAGGGAAGGAGGAGGCGGAGCAGAGGAAAGCGAGAGUCCAAUCACCUUCUGCUUUCCGAGGGGAAGGCGGGGCUUGGGGUUUACCACGUUGGGUUUGUCCGCAGCGCUAAUUACUUUUUCCAAAGGCUGGAGGGCUGCACUCCGGCUGGCGCCGCCGCCUCGCGCGCUCCUGCUCCCCGCCACGGUCCUGGGGGCUGCUCGUCCCGAGUACCAUGUGUGACGGCGCCCUGCUGCCUCCUCUCAUCCUGCCCUUGCUGCUGCUGCUGGUUUGGGGACUGGACCCGGGCGCAGCUGUCGGCGACGCGGCGGCCGACGUGGAGGUGGUGCUCCCGUGGCGGGUGCGCCCAGACGACGUGCACCUGCCGCCGCUGCCCGGAGUCCCCGGGCCCCGACGGCGACGGCGCCCCCGCGCGCCACCCGCAUCCCCGCGCACCCGGCCGGGAGAGCGCGCCCUGCUGCUGCACCUGCCGGCCUUCGGGCGCGACCUGUACCUGCAGCUGCGCCGCGACCUGCGCUUUCUGUCCAGAGGCUUCGAGGUGGAGGAAGCGGGCGCAGCCGGGCGACGCGGACGUCCCUCCGAUCUGUGCUUCUACUCGGGACGCGUGCUGGGCCACCCGGACUCCCUGGUCUCGCUCAGCGCUUGCGGCGCCGCCGGCGGCCUGGUUGGCCUCAUCCAGCUUGGGCAGGAGCAGGUGCUAAUCCAGCCCCUGAACAACUCCCAGGGCCCGUUCAGCGGACGCGAGCAUCUGAUCAGGCGCAAAUGGUCCCUGAAACCCAGCCCAGCUGCCGAGGCCCAGACACCUGGGCAGCUCUGCGAGGUCCUAACAGAAAAGAAGCUGAGGAAGGGCAGGCCGUCGGGGGACUGGCGCCAGCGGAGGAACGCCAUCCAGCUCACCAACGAGCACACGGUGGAGACCCUGGUGGUGGCCGACGCGGACAUGGUGCAGUACCACGGGGCGGAGGCCGCCCAGAGGUUCAUCCUCACCGUCAUGAACAUGGUAUACAACAUGUUUCAGCACCAGAGCCUGGGAAUUAAAAUCAACAUUCAAGUUACCAAGCUUGUCCUGCUACGUCAACGUCCUGCCAGGUUGUCCAUCGGGCAUCACGGUGAGCGGUCCCUGGAGAGCUUCUGCCACUGGCAGAACGAGGAAUAUGGCGGAGCACGGUACCUGGGCAACAACCAGGUUCCAGGUGGGAAGGACGACACGCCCCCUGUGGAUGCUGCUGUGUUUGUGACCAGGACAGAUUUCUGCGUACACAAAGAUGAACCAUGCGACACUGUUGGAAUUGCUUACUUGGGAGGCGUGUGCAGUGCUAAGAGGAAGUGUGUGCUCGCCGAAGACAAUGGUCUCAACUUGGCCUUCACCAUCGCGCAUGAGCUGGGCCACAACUUGGGGAUGAACCACGACGACGACCACUCGUCCUGCGCCGGCAGGUCCCACAUCAUGUCGGGAGAGUGGGUGAAAGGCCGGAACCCCAGCGACCUCUCUUGGUCCUCCUGCAGUCGAGAUGACCUUGAAAACUUCCUCAAGUCAAAAGUCAGCACCUGCCUGCUGGUCACGGACCCCAGGAGCCAGCACACAUUGCGCCUCCCCCACAAGCUGCCAGGCAUGCACUACAGUGCCAACGAGCAGUGCCAGAUCCUGUUUGGCACCAACGCCACCUUCUGCAGAAACAUGGAGCAUCUGAUGUGCGCUGGGCUGUGGUGCCUGGUAGAAGGAGACACAUCCUGCAAGACCAAGCUGGACCCUCCCCUGGAUGGCACCGAGUGUGGGGCAGACAAGUGGUGCCGAGCGGGGGACUGUGUGAGCAAGACGCCCAUCCCGGAGCACGUGGACGGAGACUGGAGCCCGUGGGGCGCCUGGAGCAUGUGCAGCCGAACGUGUGGGACGGGAGCCCGCUUCCGGCAGAGGAAAUGUGACAACCCCCCCCCUGGGCCUGGAGGCACACACUGCCUGGGCGCCAGUGUGGAGCAUGCAGUCUGCGAGAACCCGCCCUGCCCCAAGGGUCUGCCCAGCUUCCGGGACCAGCAGUGCCAGGCGCACGACCGACUGAGCAACAAGAAGAAGGGCCUGCUGACAGCGGUGGUGGUGGAAGAUAAGCCGUGUGAGCUCUACUGCUCACCCCUCGGAAAGGAGUCUCCGCUGCUGGUGGCCGACAGGGUCCUGGAUGGCACACCCUGUGGGCCCUACGAGACUGACCUCUGCGUGCACGGCAGGUGCCAGAAAAUCGGCUGUGAUGGCAUCAUCGGGUCCGCGGCCAAAGAAGACCGGUGUGGAGUCUGCAGCGGCGAUGGCAAGACCUGCCGAGUGGUAAAAGGCGACUUCAGCCACUCCCGGGGCACGGUCAAGAAUAAUCUUUGUACGAAGGUGUCCACGUGUGUGAUGGCAAAGACUGUUCCCAAGUGUUUCUCAUGUUACAUCGAAGCUGCUAUCAUUCCUGCUGGAGCUCGGAGGAUCCGUGUGGUGGAGGAUAAACCUGCUCACAGUUUUCUGGCUCUCAAAGACUCCGGUAAGGGAUCCAUCAACAGCGACUGGAAGAUAGAGCUCCCUGGAGAGUUCCAGAUUGCAGGCACAACUGUCCGCUAUGUGAGAAGGGGCCUGUGGGAGAAGAUUUCUGCCAAGGGACCAACCAAACUACCCCUGCAUUUGAUGGUGUUGUUAUUUCAUGACCAAAAUUAUGGAAUUCACUACGAAUACACCGUUCCUGUAAACUACACUGCUGAAAACCAAAGCGAGCCUGAGAAACCGCAGGACUCUCUGUUCCUCUGGACGCACAGCGGCUGGGAGGGGUGCAGCGUGCAGUGCGGAGGAGGGGAACGCAGAACCAUCGUUUCAUGCACGCGGAUUGUUAACAAGACCACCACUCUGGUGAACGACAGUGACUGCCCGCAAGCAAGCCGCCCAGAGCCCCAGGUCAGGAGGUGCAACACACACCCCUGCCAGUCACGGUGGGUGGCAGGCCCGUGGAGCCCCUGCUCGGCGACCUGCGAGAAGGGCUUCCAGCACCGGGAGGUGACCUGCGUGUACCAGCUACAGAAUGGCACCCACGUCGCCACACGGCCCCUGUACUGCCCAGGUCCCCGGCCAGCGCCUGUGCAGAGCUGCGAAGGCCAAGACUGCCUGUCCAUCUGGGAGGCGUCUGAGUGGUCACAGUGUUCUGCCAACUGUGGUAAAGGGACUCGGAAACGGACAGUGACAUGCACCAACUCCCAGGGGAAAUGCGACGCGUCCAUGAGGCCGAGAGCCGAGGAGGCGUGUGAGGACUACUCGGGCUGCUACGAGUGGAAAACCGGGGACUGGUCUAAGUGCUCGUCAACCUGCGGGAAGGGCCUACAGUCCCGGGUGGUGCAGUGCAUGCACAAGGUCACCGGGCGCCACGGCAGCGAGUGUCCCGCCCUGUCAAAGCCAGCAGCCUACAGACAGUGCUACCAGGAGGUCUGCAACGACAAGAUCAACGCCAACACCAUCACCUCCCCUCGCCUCGCUGCUCUGACCUACAAAUGCACACGGGAUCAGUGGACGGUGUACUGCCGGGUCAUCCGAGAAAAGAACCUCUGCCAGGACAUGAGGUGGUACCAGCGCUGCUGCCAGACCUGCAGGGACUUCUAUGCAAACAAGAUGCGCCAGCUGCCGCCACCGAGCUCAUGACGCGCAGCCCGGGGGUUGCGCAAUGCUCAGGUCUGAGGCCUGGCGUUCAGCCGGCGGGAAGCCCGCCCAGCCGAGUGCACCAGCCCCACGGCCGCUCCCCCGCAAGGCUGCCCCGAGAAUCCAACGUCAUAGAACUUUGAGCGUGGACUUGAUGUUUGCCAUUAGCGCUUCUGUACUUAAUAUAUUGUUGACAGCCACUGGAUGGCUUUCUACAGUAAGGAAAAAAUAGGCAUGAGUCACAAAAUAAUUAUAAUUUCUAAGAUUCCGUGUACCUUGAAGGGGAACACCUCUGUCAGACAGUUGUCAAAAGAGAGAGACGUCAUUUGGUGCUUCCUUCUUGGCUUUUGACAUUUGAAGUCCCAGUGCUUGACGUACCACGGAAGGAACAUCCCGAAAAUGAGACAUUUUACGUUAAGAGAGGCUUUAUUCUGAAAGCCCUUGCGACACCCUGGAUGGAAGGACACAUGUUGGCGAGCCUCUGCCGCUGGCUUCCCCGGAGCCCACGUUCCUUCUCGUCUAGCUGCUUCUUGAUCGCACAAGAAUCAGGACGGUGCCUCUCUACCCAUCAGAACAUUCUCUGAAUCCUGGGCCCUGCUGUGGAAGUCUUGUCCCUGGGUGUUUAAAUCUGCGUAGGCCAAGGAGGACACCAGAGCCAUGUUGUAAGUUCUCUACACCACCCACGUGGGGAGAAUAUUCCAGAAGGCUCUGGAUUUGGGGAAGCAUCUAUUUCUCAGAGCUCUGCUGUCCACCACAUAGGGAAGCGGCAGAGCCUUUCUUCAAGGUGCUGUGGAAGGGGACACGUGCUGAUUGUGGUGACAGGAUUGCUUCCCCAAGUGAAGGUCAGCCCAGGACAGCUUUGUCGGGGGCUCAUGGGCCUUCCCCUCUGCCAUCCACGCUAGCCAGCUCUUCGCGAAGCCUCGCACCACAAAGAUGCCGUGUCGAAUCCCAGUGGCUUUCCAUUGACCUUAGCCACCUCUCUGCAGUUAAGAGUACGUUUAGGACCUCCGGGAGUGCAAGCGCAGGCCUGGGACCUGCACAGGCAGGCCCGACUGCUUCAUCCCGGCACAGGGUAAGUUUCCUCCAGGGGCGUCUCCGCACAGUGUGCCCGGACCAGCAAAGGGUUACCGCCUGGCUGGGACCGAUGCACGCCCAUCGAGCCUUCCCGGAGCCUGGGCUUUGCAGUGCCCAUUGUCUUCAUGGCUGUCAUUACUGACCCCUCUUCCUGCUGGGGCAAGGGUGAUACCCAGGAAGGCAUGAGGAAGGUCUUUCCCUCCUACAGCCCCCUGACAACAGAGCUCUGUCCCCUCCAGAAGCCCAGAGGCAUAGCCAGGGUGGCUUCUUUGAGAGCACAGAAGGCCCUUGGAGGCCAGGCAGGCUGGGAGCAGGGGCCCUAGAUGCCAGGAGGCCUUUUUUGCUCACCAGCUUGGUGGGCAGUUCAUGGGUGCUUAUGUUCUAGGACUUUACCAUGAGAAACCCGCCUUCUCCUCCCCGAUUUCAGACAGAGGAUCUCACUUGGGCUAAGUUCCAUGGGAUCAUCUCCAAGGGCUCCUUGAUUUAUUGGUGCUGUGUUUAUGUUUAUUUUUAUUUUUUGAUGUCACAACCUUAGGGUUAGCUUAAAACCUCUCUGCCUUCUCAACCCUGUCUUAUGGGCUGUGUUUUUGGUUUGAGUUUUUAAUACCCCAGAGGCAGAGAAGUGGUAGAGAUGGCAGGGAAUUUAUUCAGUUCCACUUGAAUCAACGAGAAGUAUUGAGAAACUUCCUUAGGUGCUCUGUGGAAAGAACUGAGAGAAUGUCAGGAUGGAGUGGCCCACUCUUGUGAGGUAGCCCACCAGCUCUUACCACCCCAGGGCCUGUGCAAACACUGUCCUCCCCAGCUCAGGCCUGGCCACCAGCAGCCUCCCUGAACCCACAAUGCCCUCCAAUUCUUGGGGAGCUGGGGUUCAAUUUUCCCCCAGCUCCAAAGGAGCUGUUAAUUCACCAAAAGACAUUAGCCUUUUGGAGCCAAGGGGCAGCCCUGCUGGCUCCCCUGCACAGGCCCAGGGGAGCCCCCAGGACUGAGCAAACACGUGCACAUGCCCAUAGGUGGGCAUGUUCCCUGAGACCUCUGCAUUUGCCCCCUGGCCAGGCCCACUGGACUCCUGGGCAAGGGGCCCCAUACCCUCAGAGGUGCAAAUGAUUGAUUUGGCUAUUGGCAAACGCCACAUUGGUUCCCCAAAACCCACGUCUCUCUGAGCUCCUUUCGCUCACGCUAGCAUUGUCCCUCUGAAACCCAGCAGCUGCCUUCAUGUUAUGGCACCAGCGAUGAUUUAUUUCAGUGAAACCAUCAUGACAUUCUUGUUCCACUUUUUACGGAGACAUUGAAACUGUGAUGAUAGCAGUGAUGUUUCUGUCUUGUUAACACCCUGUACUGUCACUCAAGUACUGUACCUUUGUGGUUGCACAUGUGUGUUACUAACUAGACUAACUAGAUCCUAUGGUGCUAUUUCUAUUGGUGCAAAAUAAAACCCUCUCACUUGAC